AUGUAUUAUUCACUUUAUAUAAAUAACAAGAAUGGAAGUCUGAUAUAUCAAAGGGAUUUCUCUGAUAUUCCUUUGACAGCAAAUGACAGAAUUAGGCUGGCUUCAACCUUUCAUGGACUUUGCACAAUUGCAAGGCAAAUAUCGCCAAUUAAGACAAAGAGAUCGGAUGAGUAUAUUCAGACUUUAAAUGGUAUUAGUUCGAUUUCUACUGAAUUAUUUAGAUUAGAAUGCUUCGAGACGUUAACAGGUUUAAGGUUCUUCUUAAUAGCUAGUAAAGACACCCAAGGACUGAAUGAAUUGCUACAUAAAGUUUAUCAAGGGUAUACUGACUAUGUACUAAAGAACCCAUUUCAUGACCUGGAUAUGCCAAUUAGAAGUAUUUUGUUUGACAAAGAAAUCGACAGAAUAUUUUCAAACUAA